CGAAAGUGAAAGUGCAGAGGUGUGUUCAGCAGCUCGACUAAAGAGAUGUCUUCGAGCAGCUCUAAUCCGGAUGAUCCAAUGAUGCGGAUCCUCCUGCUGGGCAGGAAGGGUUCUGGGAGAAGCUCAUCUGGGAACACCAUACUGGGGCAAAAGAGAUUUAAAGUUCACGUACAACAGAAAAAGUAUGAAGCUGAAGCAGAGUUUGGGGAGGUUUGUCAUGCUGUAACGCAGAUCGGACAGAAGCAGAUUGAUGUGCUGGACUGCCCAGAUCUGCUGGAUCCAGAUGUGGAUCAAGAGAAACUGCAGAAACUGGAGGAGCAGCUGCUGUCUGCAUGUUCAGCCGGUCUCAGUUCAGUUCUGCUGGUCGUGCCUUUAGUCAAGAAGGUGGAGAAUGAAGAGGAGAUCCUGGAGUAUGUUAAACAUCUGUUUGGUCCUGGAGUUCAGAAGUACAUCAUGAUCCUGUUCACACGUGAAGAUGAGCUGGAGGAUCUGGAUGAACCACAGACCGUCGAGGAACAUCUAGAAGAUGAGGAUCACGCAGAUCUCCAGCGGCUGGUGACUGAAUGUGGAGGAAGAUUUCACUGUUUCAACAACAAGAGUAAAUCAGGAGAUCAGGUGAAAGAUCUGCUGCAGAAGAUUGAGGGAAUGGUGGAGGAGAACGGAGGGAAGUUUAUGAUGGAGCACAUGAGAAGAAGCGACAGCAAGGAGGCUUUCGUCAAUUUUUCAGAAGACUGCUCAACAGAGGAUUCACAUCCUCACAAUCCUGAAGGGAAAGAGCAGAUCAGACUGGUUCUGGUGGGGAAAACUGGAGUGGGGAAAAGUGCCAGUGGAAACACGAUUAUCGGCAGAAACCGCUUCAAAUCCUUCUCUAGCUCAAGCUCUCAGACUAAAGAGUGCCAGUCAGAAACUAUGGUGAGAAUCAAUAGAGAGAUUGCCGUCAUCGACACUCCUGGACUCUACGACACUAAUCUCAGCGAAGACGAGAUUAAAAGCGAAAUACUGAAAUGCUUCACGUACGCCUCUCCUGGUCCACACGCGUUUCUCGUAGUGAUUAAAGUGGACAGAUUCACAGAGGAGAAUAAAAAAACUGUGGAGCAGCUCAAAGAAGUGUUUGGAGACCAGAUGGAGAAAUACACCAUGAUCCUGUUCACGUAUAAAGAUCAGUUAGAGAAGGAGAAUAAAACCGUCGAGCAGUUCCUACAGGACAGCGAUCCAGAUCUUAAAGAGCUGGUGGAGAGUUGUGGAAAACGGUUCAUCUGUCUGGACAACAACUCAGCCAGUUUCCCCCAGUUUAAAGAUCUGAUCAGUAAAGUAGAGGAGAUGGUGGAGGAAAACGAAGGAGCGCACUUCACUAAUGACAUGUUUAACGAAACCGAGAAACACAUUCAGGAGAUUCAGAAGCAGAAACUGCAGGAGAAAGUCAAGCAGUUCAAGCAGAAGCGCAAGAAGGUCACUCAGACGGAAUGGCAGAAAAUCUACUGGCGUCUGGUGGAGGAUUCUCGGCAUGAGGCGGAGCGCUCGUUCUCGGACGUGUGUAUCGCAGCUAUAGCACAGCUCCUGAAGAAGGUGGUGGUGACGGCGGAGGAGAAGGAGAGCGCGCUGAAGGAGGCCGAAAGCAAAGGAAUCAGUCGCACAGAGGCCGUUCAGCUGGCUAUCAGAGCCACGCAGAAACUAGCAAAACAGAAGAUGUGUAAAGUUCAGUGAGAAAACACUUAAAGGUCCUGCGAAGGGCUUUGAAACGUGCGCUAUUUAUUCAAUGUUUGAUGCAAUCUCAACUGAAACAGAAAGACGGCAGUCGACAGUAGCCCCUCCCCCUUUUUCUAAAUCAGCCAAUCACCUUUAGUCUACAUCACUCAACUAUAAAGAUGUAGAGAAACAACAUCGUCAGGAUCUCAUUCAGAAUGAGCAUUUUCCAGCUAAUAGAUGAUAAACACUGACAGAUAGUUAGAAUCUGCUGAAAUAUAAAAGGCUUAUGACAUUGUAAUCUACAGAUAGUAUUAAUAAGAGCUCCUCUACUAAGAUUAAAGCAAACAAUUGGUUAUACCAUGGUAAAAAAUAAUAUAAUUUACAUGGAAAUUCUGCAAAACAGGCUAACAAAUUAAAGUACAAAGAUAAAGGUCACUCCGGUAUCUGGUGCUAGUUUCAGCAUCUUUAUUUUUCCUUUAUUUUAACAAAAGCAGACCUCAACUGUAACGGUACAGAUGUAGAGCAACAAUAUCAUUGGGAUCCCAUUCAGAACGAGUAUAUUCCAGCGAAUACACUAUAAAACACUGACAGCUGGUUAGAAACCAUUUAAAUAUUAAGGAGUCGAGCAAUGUUUAUCCUAAUGAAUAAAUAUCAAUGUAGAGCUUCACAUGACAUUGUGGAGCGGCUCUGCUUGACGCUGAGCCCUGUUUUACAAGAUUAUUCAAAGAGAACUACUGUCUUUUAUAAAUUAGCCCAUCUCAUUUAGUCAACAUCACAACACUGCCAUUCAUAAGCCCAUCAGACUCGUCACAUAAGAAUAUUAGUAAUAAAACAUGUAAUUUGGACCUGUAAGGAACUGACAACAUGCAGUCUAUAUCUCAGUGCUUGUGUCUUGUAAUGUGUAGUAAAUCCACAGUUUGCUGAUGAAGUGAUAGGAAACACUUGAGGAACCACACUACCGCAGACUGUUAUUCACUAUUGUUGUGCGUUUGUUUUCAAUCUACAUCUUCCUUAAACACAUGUAUGAUAUCAUCGUGUUAAAGCAUUUUACUUUAGUUGCCACGAUGGCCAAACUUUGAAACUCCAUUUCUCAAACUUAAGCAUUUCAAUCAAUCAAUCAAAAACAAAAACCUCUGCCAUUGUCAUGUAAACAAAUGGGUAAAACGUAUAAGUGUUCAGCUUUAGGCUGAUUUCUUCAAUGGUGUUUUUUAAGGGGCCGUUUACACAACACACUUCACAUUUGUCCAGCAUUUCUCUGGCAAGAUUUUUGAACUUGUUUUAUAGAUACGAUGUGUGUAAUCAGACCAGAAGUGUUCAAAUGCAGAAAUACUGUAUUUUUCUUAAUUGUCUUAAUAUUAGUUUGACACUACGAUCAAACACAUUUGCUGCAUUAAAACGUUGUAAAAUACUCUUUAUAAAACGAUAGUUGUUGUCUAGUAUAUGCAGGCUGAGUGUUCUGUAGUGUA